GGGGGAUCACUGCUUGUCAGAGUGUCUGUGUGUGUGUGUGGGUGCACGUUCACAGGGGAAGGCUGCGUUUGGGACGUACAGAAAUCCGAGCUGAACUAACGGAAUGGCUGCUGCACACCGUCUGGUCAUCGUGCGCCACGGCGAGAGCGCCUGGAACCAGGAGAACCGCUUCUGCGGCUGGUUCGACGCCGACCUGAGCGAGAAGGGCGUGGAGGAGGCCAAGCGUGGCGCCCAGGCCAUCAAGGAUGCCGGCAUGAAGUUCGACGUGUGCUACACCUCGGUGCUCAAGCGCGCCAUCAAGACCCUGUGGACCAUCAUGGAGGGCACCGACCAGAUGUGGCUGCCCGUCCACAGGACCUGGCGCCUGAACGAGCGCCACUACGGCGGCCUCACUGGCCUCAACAAGGCCGAGACGGCUGAGAAGCACGGAGAGGAGCAGGUCAAGAUCUGGAGGCGCUCCUUCGACAUCCCACCACCUCCCAUGGACAAAGACCAUGGCUAUCACAAGAUCAUCAGUGAGUCGAGGCGCUACAAAGGCCUGAAGGCUGGAGAGCUGCCCACAUGUGAGAGCCUGAAGGACACCAUUGCCCGCGCCCUGCCCUUCUGGAACGAGGUCAUCGUUCCCCAGAUCAAAGCUGGCAAGAACGUCAUCAUCGCAGCCCAUGGCAACAGUCUCCGUGGCAUUGUGAAGCAUUUGGAGGGCAUGUCUGACGCCGCCAUCAUGGAGCUGAACCUGCCCACCGGUAUCCCCAUCGUCUAUGAGCUGGACAAGGACCUGAAGCCCAUCAAGCCCAUGGCGUUCCUGGGAGACGCAGAGACCGUGAAGAAGGCCAUGGAGGCGGUGGCUGCACAGGGCAAGGCCAAGAAGUGAGCAGGAGGACGAGGCGAGAUGAAUUAAGAGACUGACACACCCCACUGCUCCCCACUUUCACCUCUGCUAUGUGUCUCAGUGUUACACGUCCAGUGUCUGGAAGCCUGCGUGGUUUAAUGGAGGAGAACUACCGACUCACUACCCUGCAAAGACCUCACCAGCACCACCAGUUUUUGUAACGAUUACGGACAGAGCAUGUGUUGGCAUGCAGGUGGCUAUCUUCCUCACCUGCUAACAUACACAUGGUUUCACGCACAUAGACACACACACACACACAUAUACACACACACACACACACCAUCCUUGAUUUGUAAGUUACCUUGGAGCACGUCACUCUGACACAGCAAAAUAAAGUGACCACCAUUUUGUGUA